AUGGUGACAGCAAACAAGGCCCAGACUGGGGACCACUGCCUAGCUGCUAAUCCCGCCGCCGCCAUGAUCCCCCCCGCGGACUCUCUGCUCAAGUAUGACACCCCAGUGCUGGUGAGCCGGAACACGGAGAAACGGAGCCCCAAGGCUCGGCCACUGAAAGUCAGCCCCCAGCAGCCUGGACCCUCGGGUCCAGUUCCACAACCACCCAAGGCCAAGCUCCCCUCAACUUCCUGUGUCCCAGAUCCUACAAAGCAGGCAGAAGAAAUCUUGAAUGCCAUCCUGCCUCCAAGGGAGUGGGUGGAGGAAACACAGCUAUGGAUCCAGCAGGUGUCCAGCACCCCCAGCACCAGGAUGGAUGUGGUGCACCUCCAGGAGCAGCUGGACCUGAAGUUACAGCAGCGGCAGGCCAGGGAAACAGGCAUCUGCCCUGUCCGCAGGGAACUCUACUCACAGUGUUUUGAUGAGCUGAUCCGGGAGGUCACCAUCAACUGUGCAGAGAGGGGGCUGCUGCUGCUGCGAGUCCGGGAUGAGAUCCGCAUGACCAUCGCCGCCUACCAGACCUUGUACGAGAGCAGCGUAGCGUUUGGCAUGAGGAAGGCACUGCAGGCUGAACAGGGGAAGUCAGACAUGGAGAGGAAAAUCGCAGAAUUGGAGACAGAAAAGAGAGACUUGGAGAGGCAAGUGAAUGAGCAGAAGGCAAAAUGUGAGGCCAUAGAGAAGCGAGAGAGUGAGAGGCGGCAGGUGGAGGAGAAGAAGCACAACGAGGAGAUUCAGUUUCUGAAGCGGACAAAUCAGCAGCUGAAGGCCCAACUGGAAGGCAUUAUUGCACCAAAGAAGUGAUAAUUUCCAUAUGGGUCUCAGCAAGCACUACCCCAGCAUAAGCCUUUUGUAAUAAAAAGUUAGUUUCCUGAUUGAACAAGCCAUACCCUCCCCUAAUCACCUGUCAGAAGUCACACAAUUGCCGCAGUGCCAUCAAACGCCUGAGGUCUGUCAGUCAGGCUCCUGGUUAGACAGUGGAAGGGGAUGUAGUCCUGAUAAUCUCAGUACGUGGCUUACUAACCAGCCUUGGAGCUUGCCAACUUGAGACUUAGAAAGCAACUGCUUUCUUGUCAUCAGUCCAUGCCAUCACUUAAUUCUGGUCAAAUGAAGGUGCUUCUCUGCCCCUCAAACUUUU